AUGUUGAAGACAUCGCCUAUCCUCGCCAGCUCUGCCAAUGCCUCGCCUACCGGUUUUUGCCGAGGCCACGCCCCCGCCCUGUCCCCUCCGCCGCCCGGGUCGCCGCGCGCCCCGUCUGUGCGCAUACCCCGAACCGCCUCGUCGACGGCCUCGUCACCGGCCGACGCCCAAAGGUCGCCCCCAACCCGAGGUCCGCGAGACACGACGACGCCGCCGCCGCCUCCACCUCCGCCUCGGCCUCAACCGUUGCCGACCGCCCCCGCGCCCGCGCCCUCGGAAGCAGCGCCAGCGUCUGGAUCUGAGAUAGCCGACCCGGAGCAUGCUUCUCCGGCGCCCGGGGCCGCCUCGUCUAAGAGACCGAGGGCCAACGAGCAGCCUCCCAAGAUGCUGCCCCGGCGCUACGAGCAGUGCGCUGUAGAAGACAUGGUGGAGCUAAUAGCGCACAUGCUGGCGGAAUUGAUUGCCACAAAUGACGCCAUCCGAAUAUCGAGUGGCGGGCUCACGCGCUUUCAUUCGAGAACCCCCCCCGGCAUCUCGGUGCGCGACUACCUCCAUCGAUUGGCGAGGCACGCCACGCUGACCCCGCCGCUGCUGCUGGCCAUGGUCUACUACAUCGACCGCCUGUGCGCGCUCUACCAGGAAUUCACCAUCAACACGCUGACAGUCCACCGGUUCCUCAUCACGGCGGCCACGGUGGCGGCCAAGGGCCUGUCCGACUCGUUUUGGAAUAACACAACGUAUGCCCGGGUGGGCGGCGUGCGGGUGGCAGAGCUGAAGUUGCUGGAGCUCGAGUUUCUCUACCGGGUAGACUGGAAGAUUGUGCCCAAUCCUGAGGUUCUCGUGGCCUAUUAUAGGGGGUUAGUGGAGCGAACGCCCGGGUACGCGCUUGACACGGACGGGCUCUCCGAGGAUGACAUGGACGACGACGACGAGAAGCCAGUGGGAUUGUCAGAUGGUUAG